AUGUCUGCUUUGAAAUCGUUACAGAAAAUUUUCCCAUUGAAAGAGUCUCCUAAACUAGUUUCAAAUGAAUCAACGAUUUCAACAUCGUCCACACUCGAGCAUUAUCGUGCAACACUUGAAGAGUCAGACGAAGUGAAUUUAUCUGAUUACUUGACACAAUUUCAAGAAUAUGAUCAACAUCUCAAACAAUAUAAAGAAAAGCUCAUACCAGUUGGUGAUAUUAUACAAGAAUUUUCUAAUGAAUUGAAUAACCUUUCAUCUAGUAUAAUUGCAUUGGAACAACAAUCAAGUAAUUUAUCCAAGGAUUCUAAAACUCAAAAACAUGUGGUGGACAAACUCAAUCCUAUAAUUCUUGAUGUCAUGAUACCACCAGAAAUAGUCAAGUCUAUCACUCAAGGUGAAAUUAAUCCUCAAUGGGUAGAGAAUUUGAAGUUUAUAAGUGAAAAGAAACAAAUGAUUCCUUCAUUACCAGAAACAAAAUCUAAAGAACAAUUGGAAACAGGGAUCAAACUCUUGGAAUUGAAAGCAGUUGAACGUAUAAGAGAUUUUAUGAUUGGUGAAAUAAGAAAAUUAAGAUCAUCUUCUAAAUCUUCAUCUCAACUCAUUCAGCAGAAUUUAUUAGAAGUGAAAGAUGCUUUCCAGUUUUUACAAUUACAGCAUAAGCAAUUGGCCGAUCAAUUAGUAUCCGCAUAUGUGUACACAAUGAGAUGGUAUUAUCAAAGUAAAUUUGCCAAAUACUUGUAUGCUUUAGAAAAAAUCCAAAUUAGAAAAGUUGACACUCCAGUGCUUGGAGACCAUAAAGCAGGAGAAUAUCUUAAUCUCUUUGAUAAAAGAGCAGAAAUUUUACUGUCUGAACAGUCGGCCAUUCCAUCACAAAUAGCAGAGACUUCACCAUUUCCAUAUUGGAUUGAAUUUGUAUUUAAUCAAUUUACAUUGGCACUUGUGGAUAACAUUAUUGUUGAAUAUUUAUUCAUGAUUGAAUUUUUUUACCAAGGUAAUGAAAAAGAUAGUAAAUGGGCAGGAUUAAUGUUUAAGAAUGUAUUUGAUAUUGGUAAAGAAUUUGUCACUUAUAUUAGUAAUACUGCUGAUGCAUAUGGUAUACUUUUCAUUAUUCGUUUGGUUCAACGUGCCGAAGAGAAACUUCACGAAUUACACAUCCCUGUUCUUGAUGAUUAUCUCAACUCAUUGUUAUUAAUCCUUUGGCCCCAUUUCACCCACAUUAUUGAUCUUAAUUGUGAAUCAAUGAAAAAGUCCAUGGUUAGAUCUAAAAAAGUUCAAGGACUUGCCCCUAUUAGUACAACACAACAGUUUGCCCAGUAUUUCCUGGCAUUAUUGAGAUUAUCAGUGAGUCAAGCAGAACCGCUAGUGACUUGUUUAACACGUUUACGAAAUGAAUAUGAAAGUUACUUGGCCAAGUCAACAUCGUUAUCAGGUACAGAGAAGGAAAUAUUCUUGUACAAUAACUACUUUUUAGUUCUUAGUGUGCUUAAAAAUGAACCACCAAAUUCAUUUAUUGAAGAGCAAAUUCAUCAUUUCCAGAUGCUUGCCGACGCCUAUACAAAACACUAA